AUGGUUCGCCCCUCGAGGCCUUCUACCUCUUACACCACAGCUUCCACUUCCUACGGUUACGGUGACUACAAUACUACAACAACCUCGCGACCCAGGACUCGGCCAGGUACCGGCAGACCUUCCACUGCUCGGCCGAGGACUGGUGCUUCGACUAUUGCUAGGGUUGAGUCUCAACGUGUAGUUUGCGCUGUUGCCGAGUCUCGCGGCAUCUCACCUACAGUUGGCCUAGCCUUUGUCGAUCUUGAUACAGGGGAAGCUGUGCUUUGCCAAAUUAAUGACAGCCAAACCUACGUUCGAACUAUCCACAAACUGAAAGUGUAUGGUCCUUCAGAGAUACUCAUCGUCGCAACAGCUUCCAGUCCCAAGUCAAAGCUCUUCUCCAUCAUCGAAGAGAACCUCGAAGACAUGGGCAACAAGAUCACCUUGCUUGACCGUCGCUACUGGGCUGACUCGACAGGCUAUGAGUACAUUCAGACCCUGGCUUUCAAGGAAGACGUCGAAGCUAUCAAGAUCUCAGUUCAAGGCAACUACUAUGCUAUCUGCUGCAUUGCAGCGGCACUGAAGUAUAUCGAGCUGGGUCUGGGAAUCCAAUUCUCGUACCAUUCGCUCAGGAUGCGGUAUGAGCCCUCGGAAGGAUCCAUGAUGAUAGACGUGUCCACCAUCUACUCGCUUGAGCUCGUGCAGAACCUCCAAAGCCCAAAGUCGAAGGACUGUCUGUUCGGACUCCUCAACGAGACCCUAACGGCCAUGGGAGCGCGCCUUCUGAGAAACAACAUCCUGCAGCCACUCACUGAUCCUGAAGUGCUCAACACCAGGUACCGUGCAGUAGAGGAGCUGACUACCAAGGAGGCGAUGUUCUUUGCUACGCGAGCUGCUCUGAAGAAUUUCUUGGACGCCGACAGGAUCUUAACUGCUCUCAUCGUCAAACCAGUGAAGCCAACUCUGCAGACGACUGAGCAAGCCAUCAACCAAGUCAUAAUGUUGAAGCAAUUUGUUUCUUCUGUAAACCCAGUUUUCGAGGCUCUCACCGGAGCAAGGUCAAGCAUGCUGAACAACAUCCGCGAGCUUUGCGACCCCAAAAACAUCUCGCCAAUCCGGGAUCUGAUUGACGAAGUGAUCAACGAAGACACCACCUACGCGAAGCAACCUCUCGAGCUCCGGAACCAGCGUACAUAUGCCGUGAAGUCUGGUGUCAAUGGCUUGCUUGACGUCGCGCGUACGACCUACAAAGAAGCCACCGAGGAUGCGUACCAGCACUGCACCGAGCUUGGCCAGGAGUAUGACAUUCAACUUGAUCUCAAGUACGAGAAUGCCCGACAAUUCUACAUCAAGAUACCAUCGACCGAGCUUGACGGAAGAGAGCUUCCACCAGUCUUCACGAAUGUCAUCCGCCGAAAGAACCAUAUCGAAUGUCAGACCUUGGAGCUAAUGAAGCGCAACCAAAAGAUCAACGUCUCACACCAAGAAGUUGUUCUCAUGAGUGAUCAAGCCAUUGACGCGCUGAUCGAGGCAGUCCGUAGCCACAUGUCGGUCAUGUUCAAGAUCUGCGAAGCUGUCGGUUUAUUGGACAUGAUCGGCGCCUUCUCACAGCUCGUGACGGUGAACGACUACACUCGACCGCAACUGACCGAUACCCUUGCUAUCAAAUCCGGCAGACACCCUAUCAAGGAGAAGAUCAUGCAGAAUAAGUUUGUUCCGAAUGAUGUCUACGCUACCCAGCAGACGCGCUUCCAAAUCAUCACGGGAUGUAAUAUGAGUGGCAAGAGCACUUACAUCCGGACCAUUGCUCUGAUGUCGAUCAUGGCUCAAAUCGGCUGCUUCGUGCCUGCGUUGUAUGCCUCCUUCCCGAUCUUGCACCAGCUCUUCGCCCGCCUGGGCAUGGAUGACAGCAUCGAGACCAAUGUGUCAACAUUCGCGGCCGAGAUGAGAGAGAUUGCGUUUAUCCUACGCAACAUCGAUCGACGCAGCAUGGCCAUCGUGGACGAGCUCGGUCGUGGCACAAGUACUAGGGACGGUCUGGCCAUUGCCUUGGCCAUCGCAGAAGCCCUCGUUUCCAGCAAGGCUCUUGUGUGGUUCGCAACUCACUUCAAGGAUCUUGCCACCAUCAUGCACGAGCGCGCCGGCGUGCUCAACCUUCAUCUGGCCGUUGAUAUGGAGAAUGAGCAGAGCAUGACGAUGUUGUACAAAAUAUCUCAGGGUGCCGUCAAAGAGUCGCACUACGGUCUGACUCUCGCUCGAGUCGUACCACUUCCUGCAGGGCUGGUCGACCACGCCGCAGCUGUUGCCCAGAAGCUGGAGCGCCAUAUGCUCCGCAAGAAGAAGACAUCCGAGAUUGUGCUCAAAGAGAAGCGGCGAAAGCUCAUUCUCAACCUCAAGGAACAUCUUGUGCAAGUCCAGACUGGUGUGUUGGAAGGUGAAGUGCUUACUGCUUGGCUGAAGGGGCUGCAGAAGGAUUUCGUCAACCGCAUGACAGCACUCGAAGCUGAAGCCGCCAGCAUGAGCCAGGAAACAGACGAUGAGGACGAAGAGAUAGAAGAGACAAGCGCGGCUGAUGAGCGGCAGCGACUGGGCACUUCUGCUAGUCAGUCCUCAGUCAUAAGUAUCUCGUCCAGGAUGACUUCGACAGAGUUGGAGUCUACCAUUCGACCGAUGUCUAAGGCUGCAACCGUUCGAGCAGUGUCGGACAACAAGCGCUAG